GCGGGGGCUGGAGGGGGGACCGUUUCCAAGCAUGGGAGACAAGCUGCCGGAGCCUCACGCCAGCCCUUCCCCUGCUGUGGCUGCCAGCUCGGAGGCGGAAGAAAUCGAGGUGCUGGACUCCGAGGAUGUCCUACCUAUGGCCGCAGAGGAUCACUGGAAAGCCCUAUUUGAUCAGUUCGAUCCUGACAACACUGGCUACAUCAGCACUGAGAAGUUUCGCUCCCUUCUCCAGAGACACAGCUCGGAGCUGGAUCCCCACAAGCUGGAGGUCCUGCUAGCCCUGGCAGACAGCAACUCUGAGGGGAGGAUCUGCUACCAGGAUUUCGUCAACCUGAUGAGCAACAAAAGGUCGAACAGUUUCCGCCAAGCCAUCCUCCAGGGGAACAGGAGGCUGUGCAGCAAGGCCCUGCUGGAGGAGACAGGACUGAGCCUCUCACAGAGGCUGAUCCGGCACGUGGCAUAUGAGACCCUGCCACGGGAGAUUGACCGCAAGUGGUACUACGACAGCUACACCUGCUGCCCCCCGCCCUGGUUCAUGAUCACCAUCACUAUUGUAGAGGUUGCCUUUUUUCUUUACAAUGGAGUGGUCUUAGACAGAUUUGUGCUGCAAGUCAGCCACCCCUUGUACCUGAAGAAUGCAUUACUGUACCAUCCCCAGCUUCGGGCCCAGGCUUGGAGGUACCUAACCUACAUAUUCAUGCAUGCAGGGAUAGAACACCUUGGGCUCAAUGUUGUCCUUCAGCUCUUGGUUGGGGUUCCUCUGGAAAUGGUGCAUGGAGCUGCGAGGAUCAGUUUUGUGUAUGUUGCAGGAGUUGUGGCAGGGUCCCUGGCAGUGUCAGUGGCUGACAUGAGAGCACCUGUGGUGGGCUCCUCUGGAGGUGUGUAUGCUCUUGUCUCUGCUCACCUGGCCAAUAUUGUGAUGAACUGGUCAGGAAUGAAGUGCCAAUUCAAACUGCUGCGCAUGGCUGUUGCCUUGAUCUGUAUGAGCUUUGAAUUUGGAAGAGCCGUGUGGCUGCGAUUCCACCCCUCUGCUUACCCGCCAUGCCCUCACCCCAGCUUCAUGGCUCACCUGGGAGGGGUGAUGGUUGGAAUCACCCUUGGUGUCAUCAUCCUGAGGAACUAUGAGCAGAGACUCCAAGAUCAGACUUUAUGGUGGAUCUUCCUUUCUAUUUACAUAAUUUUUGUCUUGUUUGCCAUCUUCUGGAAUAUUUUUGCCUACAGUCUGUUGGAUCUAAAGCUACCUCCCCCACCUUAAAAACAUGGGACAGAAAACUGGAGAGCAGAAGUCAUCUGUCAGCUGUGUUAAAUGAAUGAAGAUGAAGGAUCUAUUUUUGUAUUUAACUUAGGGGAGGAUGAUUCUUCUGAACACACAAGUGUGCUGAAGGAAGUGCUUAAAGAUCUCAUUAAAGAAUGGGCUGAUCAGUUUGUUCACAAAUUCAACAGGUUCUAUAACUCUGGCUGACCAUGCCCUGCAGUUUCUGCCCUGCAUCUGGGCACUGACUGCUUGGGUUGUUAGCACGUAUCAAUAUUUUCUAUGAGAUAUUUGUAUUUUCCAGAUAAGUGCUGGAAUUACGGCCAAUUGCUGAGUGAAUUUCCUCAAUGUUACUGAACACUAAAAGGGAAAAAGAGCAGCCAUUUACUAAUUAGAGACUCACAUGGUACUCACAAGGCAGCUUGAGUCUGGUUUCUUUGGACACAUCUGACUGUUCAGCCAUACCAGUGCCACUGUCUAAUUACUUGAAUGGUUCCUAAGAUGUUUUAGUCUAUGGUGAAACUUGUCUUGCACAACUUUAAAAGGAAUCAGCAGAACUUGAUCACACAAAGUGAUGGAGACUGGUCUUCAACUACAGGUCAAAUGAAGUUGCACUAUAAACAUUGGGAAUCUUAGUGUUGUGGACACGCAGCCAGAGGUGACUUUUACUGUGCAUGUUUAACUUAAUUUUAAUUAAUUAUUCCCCCCCCCUUCCCAGCCUACUGUGGCUAGAGGGUGUGGAUGGGUUAGUUUGGGUUUUUUUGGUUUUUGGUUUUUUGUGGUUUGGUUUUUUUUUUUUUUUUUUGAGGGAUGAAGAAAAGGAGGGCAAAUGUUCAUUUGUGGUUUUAUCAGACGACAAUCAGGUCCUGUUUUCUUCUCACAUUUUUUCUGGCCACACUGACCAAACACCUGGCCUGCAGUGAGCUCCUAGCAAGGAUCUCAACACUUCCAGCAGGUUCUUACUAGGAAAGUGGGACCAUGAUCACCUCCAGCAGCCCAGGGUAGGAACUAUCCAGUCAUUACAGCCAUACAGUCCAUUUGGGGUCUAGUCCACUGAAGGCAGUGGAGUUAAAUCAGUUUGUAUGCAGCACUGGUUUCCCACUGAAGUGGAAAAGGUGUUAUUUGCUAGUGAUCAUUGUGAAAUGGUUAAAACUGGUUUUAAGAUGACUGCUAAAUUUUGAGGGUGCCUCUUCCUGAAGCAAUGGAUGUUCAGGAGCUCCAAACAACAGUUAGUUGAAAUGAUGCCUUUUACUUUAACGCUGGUCAAGCCCAGAUUCAGGCAGUCUGUAACUGGGCUAUGGCAUAGUCCAUACAGUUGCCUGCAUGGACCUGGGAACCACAUGGCGACCUCGGUAGCACAAGCAGUGCUUAUAGGUACUCGUCUCUGUAAGGUGCUUAUUUUGCUUGUCCCUUUAGAGAGCUGCCAAAUUACAGCCCAGGAAUGUGGGUGCCCUCCUUUUCUCUCCCCUUUACCCACCUAUUCGGUGGUCUGGAUAAAGCAGCCGUAAGACUCUCUCCAGACAAGCUCCUCCCUUCCUUUUUUCUCUUUCUUGUUGGUGCACAGGCACCAGCCACCAGAGCCUUUCACAGCAUAUCCCAUGGGUACUAUAGCAGUUGUGUUUGCUCUGUAGAAAAAUGUCUCUGUCUUGUGGGCUUUAUUCUCUCAGCUGUGCUAUCCAUGCUGCCAGAUGAUACCACAAGCUAGUAGGAGCCUGUCCUUCUAGAUGGGACAUCCACAAGUGCUUAUCAGCUGCCCCCUUCUUUGCCUCUUACGGAAAAAUAUCUCUGGGUUGAGGGGUGAAGUUCACUCCCACAGGAUGCACUAGUAAAAGUUCUCUUGCUUCAGAAGGAGGGGGGAGAAAAUAAGUGUUUCUACAGCCUGGAAUAAGCCUUACCUGCAAAAGAAACAAUUUUUGCCACCUUUGUGCACAGAAAUGGGAUUUCUGAGGAUGACUGCACUUUUGUUGUUCUGCAUGGCCAGUACAUUGCUCAUGGGCCCUCAAUCGAGGACCAAGAGGAAGGGAUAUGGGCCAGAGCUCUGUUCAUUUUGGAGAAGGGACUGGUUCCCUGUGCCAUUUUACCUCUGCAGUUUGGGUCCAGAUCACAGCAGUCACAAAAGUUCCCAUAUAUUGUAGCAGGUGCUGGCCCAGUGAGUGUCGUAGCCAUGGAUCCCCCUGAGAGCAGCAGGCAGGAAGGAGAACAGAAGCUAGGAGAGUUCUGACACGGUUAACAAGUAAGGAGGACAUUCCUUCCCUCACCUAUUGCUAAGCCUUUGUCAUUACAGAUGUCUUGAAAACAGAGGUGACCAGGAAUGAGAGCUCCCCUUAAGUUUUAGGAGAGCUUUUAAAAUUUUGACAGAAAAUUUCAAUUGCAAAACAACCCCAGAUUAUUUUGCCUAUAAUUUACCAGAGUGCAAUAUGCACCAAUUGACUUUUAUUUUUGGCUUCUCAGCUGAAAUCUACUUAGUGCCUAUGAGCUGCUCCCCAGCAGAGGUUUCCGUGCCUGCCAGUGUGUGCUCUGUGGUGAAGCAGCAAGGUACAAGUUGAAGAGCCACCAGUUUCUUGAUCAGCUUGAUCAUGGCAAACACGUCUUUGCUCAGCUCAGGAGCAAGAAGGAGCUGAACAGAGGAAUCCAGACAGCCUUCCUUGGUCCUUGUUCCAUAGAUGAAUGUAGUUUACAUGAACUGGUUGAAAACAGCUCUGAAGUUGAUCUUAUGACUUGUUCUUUUAAAUUGUUGUUCAUCUUUCUGACUUCCAUUCUGUGUCCCCAUACCCUGCCCGAGCAAGUCUACAAACAACCCUGGGGAUCAGAAAGGCCAGACUUUAAGGCAGUGUUAGAUUUAUUGUAGGUGAAAGAAUGCAACCCUCUCACAUUCCUGCUCAUCAGAGCUGAAAUCUCCACCCAUACAUGGAGCAGUUUGUGCACAGAGCCUGUUGUCUGCUAAGAAUCAACCAACUCAUGGAGCCAGAAGCAGCACAAAGUGCUUAAGCUUUUAAAUUAUUUUUUUAAUCAUUAAAAUUACAGUGUGAAAACUUGCUAUGUUUUUACAGAGUAUCAUGAAUUCCAGUUAUGUUAUUUUCUAACACACCCAUGAGUGCCACAGUGCUGCAGCACCACAGACCUAACAGCAGCCAGGCUUUUCUGUUACCUCCAGAUGUCCUUGAAGCUGCUGGCUCAUGCUGGAGAUGUAAUAUUCUCCAUCCUACUCAUUCAUGGUUCCAACCUGUCACAGUCAGUAGUGUGUUCCUGAAGGAGCAUCCACCGAGCAACUGGUUUCAAUGAUUAGUUGUGGUUUUAUUUCAGCUACUGCCAGGAUUUUCCAUCAGUCGGAUAAAACGUGAAUCUAUUGAACCUUAUAACUGUGCAGUGCUAGAGCAGAGGGCAAGGACUGUCACCAGUGUACAGGUUUGAACAGUGCACCUCGGAGCAAGUUAUUUUAUGCUGUGUCCUUGAGUGAGGACACAACACCUGGGGGAGAAAAAAAAAAAAGCAGCCGUUUGUGUGGUGGAUUUGACUUGCAGUGAGUUCAUUGCAGCAGUGGUCCGGGAGGAUUAGGGGCAGUGCGGCAUGCGGGGAGCCGGCGGUGCUGGAUGCGAAGCUGCCAGGGACACCUGCCGGCGGCGGGCAGUAGCACCGGCCCGGCUCCGGCCGCCUCCCGGGGACGGGCGGGACAAGUGGCUGCGACAGCCGUGAGGAAGAGGAGAAAAGUGGAGAACCAGACAGAUCAAAGUCCACGGGGACCGCAAAUGGCACCUUUUAUUCCUAGAUGCUUGGAAACAGGUAAAGAUUAGUUUUACACACAGCGGUAAUAACAUAGGAGGGAGGAGGGAGAGAGUUGUCAUGCAGUGAUGGGAGAGGAGGUUAGCAGAAACAAUCUCUGAGUGAGUUGUAGCAGUCAUAAAAAUGCUGAUGAAUUUACUUUUGCUGAGUUUUUAAGACAACAUCUUGUGUCACUGUUUCCCUGUCAGUUGAUGAGGAAUCUUAGCACUUACGUGGCGUAUUGUGGUUUUUCACUACUUGCUCCUUUGGCAGUGGGAAGUAUGUUAUCAACAGGGAAGGGGGAAGCUAGAGAAACUGUUACUGGAAAUAAAGCUCAGGGAUUCUGUACCCCAACACCUUGCUCCUUCUGAUGGAUUAUACUGCCCAUGUGUUUUAGAUCAGAUUGGGCCCUUUGAGUGUGAACGGGGCUAUGAAGGAUGGAAUCUGACAUGUUCAGAGCUGGUACUAACAUGACAGCUGACUGCUGACCUCACAAGGCAGCUGCUGUUCUGUGCCAAUAUUUAGUCUCACAGGAUCGUGGGUAGGACUUUCACACAUUCUUCAUUGAGUAAAGAGCUCAAAGUCUGUUCGCAUAGAUUCAAGCUCAGCCCAGUUGCUUUGGAACAUCCAUCCACUGGCUUUGCCUGAAGUGGAACUGGAGAAUGUGAACAUGGCAGUUCAACACCAGCCACCUCUGGGGGCAAGCUGGGACUAGAGAACCCAGACCAGCACCUCUGAGUGUUGCUGCUCCCCUGCUCCUCUUACAGUGGUGGCUGCUCUGCAGUGCUUUGCAUGGUAGAACUCAAAGAUUCCUUCUCUAAUCACGGAUGCCAAGAGCUGGUUAUAAAGGACUACAGUGCAUUUUGCAGCUCUGUAAAAAAGAAUCACACUUAAGACAGAAACCAAGCUUAUUUAAAGGUAGAUGUAUUUUAAUCACUGGCUUUUAAUUGGAAAAGCUUUCUAAUGAGGUAUUUCUGAAAUGCCAGUAGGAGUACAGAAAAUUUAUGUUUCGGGGUACUUUACAACACAGAGCACAAAAUACUUUCUAUGAUUUAAGUAGCUAAAGUACCUUAUUUUUAGUGAGCUUGAUAGACACAUUGUCACUGAUUCUCUCCUGACUCCCACAGUGUCUGUUCAGUUUGCAAAUAAAGCCAGAUUUAUGCAGCUUUUCUUUUAGUUACACUUCUAAUGCUAACAACACUUCCAAGUGUUAAACACAAAGCACUAAACUAUGUAAUUUUCUGCCUUAAAAUACUGAACAAAUGGUACUUUCCCUGUGAAGGGCUAGUAAAACAAAAUGAUAUUUGCAAGGUAAGAUGCUAUUGUGUGUUUCCAAAUAUUUUUGUAUUGUGUACAUUCUGUGUAUUUUUGUUGUGACAAUAUUAUUUGAGCGCAGAAUCCAUUAAAUUUGGUGGUGGUUUUUUGUU